GGCUCGGGCACCCAGCGGCAAGUUCGAGCCCGCUGGGCACCGAGCAGGGGGCUUGCUUGCUUGCUUGCUUGCAGAAGCCGGCGGUUGGCUCGGGCGAGUUUCUGGAGGAGAGGGAGCGCCCAGCAUGUGCGCUUUGCUGAAUGGGACCCAGAGCUGCGGCGAGGGAAACCUCCAUGCUAGAGCCAUAUCGUGUCCAAUCCAUAGUCCAGCAACAACUAACACCUCAAAGCCCUGAGCUGCUCUUUCUGCUGCCUGACUUUGCCUCAAAUUGACAGAGGAGGCUUUUUUUAAACCAACUCCCCUGCCCCCCAUCCCAGCCACUUACCAAGUGAUUUGCUGUGAUGGAUUUCAGAAGGACAUGCGUAAGGCAUAUUCAGCAGAACCUGGUCAAGCCGAAGAAUUUGCCUAGAAAGUUCAGAAGCACAAGAUGACAGACGAGCCCAUUAAAGAGAUUCUGGGAGCUCCAAAGCAUCCUGAACCUGUAACGAUGGAGAAGAGAAAUAACAAUGACUGUGUGGUAACCACUGUCCCUUUGGUCAGUGAGUGCCAGCUCACUGCAGCAACCGGAGGAGCGGAGCUGUCCUGUUACCGUUGCACUAUCCCCUUUGGCGUGGUCAUUCUUAUAGCUGGAGUGGUGGUCACCGCCGUGGCGUACAGUUUCAAUUCCCAUGGCUCAAUCAUCUCCGUGUUUGGACUGGUCCUCUUGUCAUCUGGACUCCUCUUGCUGGCUUCUAGCGCCUUGUGCUGGAAAAUCAGGCAACAGCACAAGAAAGCCAAAAGGCGGGAGAGUCAGACAGCGCUUGUGGCAAAUCAGAGAAGCUUGUUUGGUUAGAGAGACUACCAGGAAAACAUCGAACAGAAGAGAGCUCCCUUGUAAGUCAAUUUGACUAUUUAUUGAUAAGUCAGACCGCAGAAGGUUUUUGACUGGAUUGGAAUGAAAAUGGGUUGGAUUGAGAGACUCUAGGAGCAUCUUUGGAAUUGUUAGUAUCUGUCUUUUCACAGACUUACAAAAAGUGCUAUUUCUUCCAAGACAGAGGGGGGAAAAAAGGUGGAUUUUUUUUAUUUUUUUUCCCUUCACAGAAAACAAAAAUUUGUCAUAACUGCAGUCGAGAGAAUUAGUCAACACUCAGAUACUAUUGGAAAGGGAGCCCGGUUAACAAACAAGAAAAUAACUUAACCUGAUCUGAUGUGCCAGAAACCUGCUUAAAAAUAUUACGCACUGUGAGGUCUGACCAAGGGAGGAGUUGUUGCAUUUGAACAGAUGACAAAAAAAAAAACCCAUGUGGCUAGAUUGCCUUUGACUUACGUUGUUCUAGGGAAAAACAAACAAACAUGAAAAAAACAACUGUGAUUGCUCAAUAAGCUGAUGUGAGGAUGGCAGGUCAUUUGGGUUAGUUCCUAUGAGUUAUCAGUGGUACUUUUUUUAAAAAACCAGUAAUAUUAAACUUGUUUUACUAUUGAAUAGAGGUAGGUAGCUAUCUGUAAUUAUAUUUGUCCAACGUAAAUAACGAGGUAUGAGUAUAGCUUAAAAAAAAGUGAGUUUUUUGUAAAUUAAAGUGGUCAGAUUUAGCACUUUUGAUGAUUUUGAUAAAAAAAAAAGAUUUAAAAUGUACAUUUCAUUUAAAAUAAUAAACAUUCAGUGCUGCUAGAGCGUUAGAAAGUCUGGCAUUUUUCAUUGUGAUCAGGACAGCUUGUCCUUUCAGCUUCUAUCCCAGAGCUUCACGAUCUUCUUUUCACAGCAUCCCUUUGUAGAGCAAUAGUUGUGCUAAUAAUUUUGAACACAGACUGCCCGUCUCGUCUAUACUUACGAAGCCUAUGCGUGAUCUGAGGAGUUUUCCUUAUUUACGUCUUCAGUAAAGAUGGAGCUACAGCAAAAUUAUAAGGCUCAGUCCUACGAAGACUUAUGCAUGUCAGCAAUAGUGUUUGUACUAUGACGUCGAUGGGGAUACUCACAUGUUACUCAUGUACAUAAAUAUAUGCGGGAUCAGCCUCAUAAUUACCACUCUGUUUUGAUACAUAGGGCACAAUCCUGCAGAUACUCAAUACCAGCUGUAGUGGUCAGCACCACAAGUAGAUCC